AUGGCAGAAGAGAAACCUGAUAUAUCAUUGAUCGAGUCUGUCAACUUGAGUGGUGUUUGGAAUAGAAAUGUGGAUGAUAAGGUGUCACUGCGGUUGGUGAUGACGGUGAAGGCUCGUCCUAGUGCCAUCAUUCCAAUUUUCCAGCUGAACGAUGGCCUUGAAAUACAGAUAACGAACGAGUAUGUUUAUAGCGCAGCAUAUAAGGAUUUCGAGCCCGCCAGCAGUUUCGGAAAUCACUUAUCCCUUGGCGGACAGGAUGUCGACGAGAUCCAAGGUUCCUAUCCUAGGCAUCAGGAAAACCUCCCCAGGCGGCUAUAUACAAGUGGAAUGAAGCUGUCUCCCUCCCCGAGAAAGGAAAGGUUGUUCCCGCCGAGUCCAUCCACUACUAGUGGGAGUGAUGACUCAAUUUUUGAACCCGGCCAUGAUGCGACAAGGCGGAUAUCAGAUGGGAGUCAACGGAGUAAAGCUCUGGAAGAAGGGGAAGUCCCUAUAGUUCUAGAAUAUUACGUCGAAUCUGACACUGCAUCGAGACGUGCUGACUCUGGACAAUUCGGCACGAGUAACCCCGAACAUGGCAAUCUUUGGAAUAUGGAAUCCAACUAUCUCACACCAGGGAGUAUGGUGAGACGGCGAUAUCCUUCCCAUCAGCGGGAAGAAUCCACUACUACCAUAAUCCACUGCGCGCCAAAGACCCAAAGUAGAUCAAACGAUCGGGAUAUCGUCGAUUCUAACAGAUCACUCACAGUGGCAUUAUCACCACGAAAGGCAGAUCUUAAUAUCCCGAAACGGGGAAUAAAGAGCAGGAUUCCGAUAAAGGUCGAAACCGAUUUCCAAGCGAGUAAGUCUCUCAGAGAAGCGCAUACUCAACCCAGAUUUAUGAGCGAAUUGGAAGCUCUCACGUCAGAUGCAACGAAUCUGACCGACAGCGAAGUAUUAUGCAACGCCAAGGAUAUCCAGGCGCUUCAAGUUGCCGGUCCAAGAUCGCCAACCUUCGCAGGCGGAUCGAGCUUUUCUUCGCCAAAGGCAAUUCAAACGCCAGGAGUCGCCGAUAGAGAGCGAAUGUCAAAUUCAGCUCCGGGAAAGUCGCAUGAAGAAAGAACUCAGCAACUGCAAAGUACACCUACCAGCCAAGUCGGCCUCAAGAAUAGAACAGCGGUGUCGACAGGCAAAGCAUCUUGGCAAAAGAGAGAAACUGAUCUUCUAAUUCAUAUUGGCGAAGAGCCGGAAUCAGAUAUAUUCUUCCACCGUGGAGGGCGGCCGGAUUUUGUAGCCUCGUGGCUCCAAGGCAGAUCAUGCAGAAACGACAAUGGAGUGGCGAAGAAGGAUCGCAUCGAUCGCUCACGAAGUGGUAGCGAGGCACCUUUGGCAAUCGAUAAUCGAUUUGAUAGAAUCUCCGCUUGGAAUUUAGAGACAACCGAGGAUCAAAGCGGCCAUAGAAGCCCUCUAUUGGUAGACCGUAUAUCUCUCCCAAGUCCGACGCCAUCUUCAAAGUUAAGCAUGCCAUGGAAUUCAGCUGAGGAGCUAGCGGGAAGAAGUGCAGAUUCUCUUUCGCUGAUGGAUCUCGUGAAUAUUGAACACAUCCCGACCGAGGUGUCCAAGCCAGCCAUUACGAAUAUGAAUGGGACUUUGUCCAUAAAGAUCCCCCACAAUGGUAUGUGCGAGACCAUUAUAAUCUAUGAGGCCGAUAUUGAGAUUCAGUUCAAUGAUUCCACUUGUGCAAACAGCCAGGUUGCACAGAGCGUUUCUCCGGGGAGCGAAAACGGACAACACAUUGCAGCAGUGAAAUGGCAAAUCGAAUACAAACCAGAAUGGGUGCCAAAGCUCUCGGCAGCAUCAGGCUCUUAUGAAUGUAAGAUAUCCGAUCUCUGUCGCUCACUCAACAUAGGACGUGUCAGACUGGAAAUAGCUCCCGAUCGAAACCACCGAGAAUGCAUCAAUGUAUGCAGAAGCUGCGGAGACCAGGGCGAAAUGGUUGACGGGGAAGAAGACCUAAAAGUUUUGCUAAAUCAGCUCGCGUCAUAUCGCUCUAUAUUGAGUUUCUUCUCUCUUGUACGGAGGUCCCUUGAUCUGCGAGUAGAGGGCAUGUACCAGUCAGCGGUGGCGUCUCGUUUCCAUAACGUAACCGGGCGGCCGAAGAGAGUUCUCCGAGUUACACUCUCAUCUCUAGCAAUCUUUACAAUUGGGGUAUUUUCCGUCCUCUUUAUGAACGCUGGCAGUCACUACAGCGUAGGAGGAUAUAUUGGCGGAAGCAAAGAAAUUCUGGGUUGUUUGCCAGCCAGUCUCGAGUGUCAAAUCUUUCGGCGCCGGGCUAAAUUAACUGGGGCCGGGAAAGGGUUGAUCACGAGCAGAAUUACUCCCAAGGAAGCGCAAGACAUAUACAGUGGGUCGGAACGGAGAGAUAACCCCGGUCAAGCGCAAGAAAAGGCAAGCACCGAUGCAUUGGGAUCGGGGGGGGCAACGGUAUCAGAGGAUCUUCACAGAAAGCAAAGAGAUCUCGGCAAUGACAUGACAGAAAUGCCCACUCGUCAAGAUCUGAGAGUAGCCGAGAAACUUACCACGAUUAUCUCGACCAGUGCUCCGAAUGCAACGGUCGCGGGGCAGCAGCUGAACACGAAAAGUGUUGAGGGAGUGUCGCAUGAUAGUUCUCUUCGGGACCGAAUCGAUCGGCUUCUUGGUUGGAGAGGCCCUUUGGGGCACUAA